GCGACGAUAGUGGGUAUUUUUGGCCAGCAUUCAGCGGAGAUGGGAACAUCUGGUUACCGGUAGAAGACCCAAAACUAUUCCCACCGAAGUUGUUUACGUUCUGGACUGUGUAUACGUCGCGGCGGCGGUACAAUCUUCCAUACAAUUCAGAUCCUGCAGAUGGGUCAGGGCCUGUGGAGGGUGGCCAGGAACCAGCAGCUGCAGCAGGAGUACGGAGAGCACUGGGAUGCUGGACCUGGCCUUGACGGAGAUCCCCAGGAUUUGGGGAUGGAGAUGGGGGUUAACCCAGGCCAGGCUCCCCCCUCCCCCGGGGUGGGCGACCUGCCACCUCACCCCCACCCGCGGCGCCACCCCCAGCACUGCCAAGGGGCAGACAUCUACCAGCUGCUACGUGCCCGCCGGGGGAAGGAGCAGCAGGGUUUUAUAGACUUGGAGAUGCUUCCUCCAGAGCUCAGCAUCACCAUCCUGUCCUACCUGAACGCUACAGACCUCUGUCUGGCAUCCUGCGUGUGGCAGGACCUGGGCCACGACGAGUACCUCUGGCAGGGUUUGUGUAAGUCCACAUGGGGUCACUGUUCCAUCUACAAUAGAAGGCUUCCCUAUGGCUUCUCAUAUAGAAGACUCUACAUGAUGCUAGAUGAAGGCAGUCUGACGUUCAACGCUAACCAUCAGGAGGGUAUCAGUUACUUCAUGUCCAAAGGCAUACUGGUGGACCACCCCAAGGAGCUGGCCAAGUUCAUCUUCUGCACUCGCACGCUCAACUGGAAGAUGCUGAGGGUAUACCUAGAUGAGAGGAGAGAUGUUUUGGACGAGCUGGUCACGCUGCACAACUUCAGUAACCAGUUCCUGCCUAACGCACUGAGGGACUUCUUCAGGCACAUCCACGCCCCAGAGGAGAGGGGCGAAUAUCUGGAGACACUCAUCACCAAGUUCUCCCACCGCUUCUGUGCCUGCAACCCUGUCCUGGUCCGGGAUGUGGGUCUCAGCCCAGAUGCGGUGUAUGUGCUCUGCUACUCGCUCAUCCUGCUGUCUAUAGACUUGACCAGCCCGCACGUCAAGAACAAGAUGUCCAAACGCGAGUUCAUCCGCAACACUCGCCACGCUGCCCAGAACAUCAGCGAGGACUUUGUCGGCCAUCUUUACGACAACAUCUAUCUCAUCGGCCACGUGGCGGCCUAACCGGGAAGUGACGAGGAGUGGAAGUCGGUGAAUACAUGAACCAGUUAUUGCACUGAUGCAAUAUACUACUUUGGACAAUAGUUGUUGCUGGUCAUUCUUAAUAUAGGGUCCUGUACUGCUAGCAAUGAUGCUUGUUUCCAUACUGGGUGGGAGGCGAUCUCUUCUCCGGCUGUAGAGCCAAUGGAGACCAAGUAGCGUAGCGAUUUGGCCCGC